AUCCUUUGUGAGGUCAGUGGAUCCACCGAGCGCCGGCAGCUGAUGGGACAGCCGGCUCAGAGUAACCGACCGACGGGCUAUCUGACACCCUCACUCCCUUGAUCCUUGCAGCCACAGCACAGCUGCCGCUCACCCAGAGCCGCUAGCCCCAGCACACGGCACCAUGAGAGCGACGCAGUCUUCAGGGGCCGUGACGAGACAACGGAAAGGCUCCGGGAAUGGAGUUGGUCCGGGAGAGAAGGAGCAACUGGGGCAAUGGGGUCGAGCUUGGGAAGUCGAUUGGUUCUCGCUGGCGUCUGUCGUCUUUCUCCUCCUCUGCGCGCCAUUAAUCGUAUUCUACUUCGUGAUGUCAUGUGACCAGUUCCAGUGCGCUCUCUCCGGCCCUCUCCUCAGUGUGUACUCGGGCAAGACCAGCGUCGGCGACAUCUGGGAGCGAGCUCCAUCUUUCAGUGGGACGGCCGCUGGAAUCUACGCCGCCUGGGUCUGCUUUCAGGUGUUUUUGUAUCUGUGCGUGCCUGAUGUUUGUCACAAGUUCCUACUGGGCUACGUAGGGGGAGUGCAAGAUGGUGCACGCACUCCUGCAGGACUGAUCAAUAAAUAUGAAGUCAAUGGACUUCAGGCCUGGAUCAUUACCCAUGCUCUCUGGUUUACCAAUGCCAACUAUCUUCAUUGGUUCUCACCCACUAUUAUAUUUGACCAUUGGAUUCCUCUGCUGUGGUGUGCCAACAUCCUAGGCUACGUUGUGGCAACGUUUGCCAUGCUGAAGGCGUAUUUCUUCCCCACCAAUGCAAGCGAUUGUAAGUUCACUGGCAAUUUUUUCUACGACUACAUGAUGGGGAUUGAAUUUAAUCCACGGAUUGGGAAGUGGUUUGACUUCAAGCUUUUCUUCAAUGGUCGUCCGGGUAUAGUGGCGUGGACCCUGAUCAAUCUUUCCUUUGCUGCCAAACAGCAGGAGUUAUACGGCCAAGUGACCAAUUCAAUGAUCUUGGUAAAUGUGCUACAGGCGAUUUAUGUGCUGGAUUUCUUCUGGAAUGAGUCGUGGUACCUAAAGACGAUCGAUAUUUGCCAUGACCACUUUGGUUGGUACCUGGGUUGGGGUGACUGCGUCUGGCUGCCCUACCUAUACACUCUGCAGGGUCUGUAUUUGGUCUACAACCCAGUCCAGCUCUCGACGGGCAACGCCAUUGGCGUUCUGCUCUUGGGGCUGAUCGGCUACUACAUCUUCAGGGUGACCAAUCACCAGAAGGAUCUGUUCCGGCGCACAGGCGGAAGCUGCAGGAUCUGGGGGAGGAAGCCGGAGUACAUCGAAUGCACCUACCUGUCCACCGACGGCACCAAGCACCACAGCAAGCUGAUGAUCUCCGGCUUCUGGGGCUUGGCGCGCCAUUUCAACUACACCGGCGACCUAAUGGGCUCCCUCUCCUACUGCUUGGCUUGUGGAUUUGGGCACCUGCUGCCAUAUUUCUACGUUGUGUACAUGUCCAUCCUACUGAUCCAUCGCUGCGUCAGGGACGAGCACCGAUGCCUGAGCAAAUACGGCAACGACUGGAGGCGGUACACGGACGCGGUGGCUUACCGUCUCGUACCCGGAGUAUUUUAGGACUCUCGAUGCCUUCCGCGCGAAUUUUCAUGGAGACUUUUGAUUUUCUUGAGGCAAAGUAAGUUUACCAGUCGAAAUUCCGCGCACGUGUUUCAAAUUGGUGUUUUUCCACCACUAUGAAGACCAUGCCUUAAAAAUUCCAUGCCCUAAAAAUUCCAAAGGUGCAUAAAUAUGGAAGAAAAAUACCGAGGGAGAGAGAAAAAAAACCCGUUGCAAAUGCUUAGCAGGAGAAAUUACCUGAUCUGGUCACACUGUAUUAACUUUUUAGAACAGAAAUAGUAAUAUUUAUAAAAUUUGAUACAGGCAUUUUUGAUGAUUGAUUUUUAAGAUAAAGCAAUGAAACUGGUUAUUCGACCCAUCGAGUCCAUACUAUCACCCGUAUCACACUAGUUCUGUUUGUAUCCACUCCCUACACACUGGGGGCAAUCGCACAGAGGGGCAACGAGUCUUCGAACCCGCACAUCUUUGACAUGCGGGAGGAAACCCAUGAGAGGGAACGUGCAAACUCCACACAGACUGCUCAAGAAGUAAACUUCCCCAAUCUGACCGGUGAAAGUGUUAAAAGUAAUUUGUAUGUAAUGGCAUUUAAUAAACAAGUGAGUGGGUGAACAUUGUGUGUUGGCUGAAUUUAAUCCUUAAUAAUUUUGACAAAUAAAAUCACUUUCAGAAUUUUAA